CCACUACGUCCACUGUUUUCUCAGGCUAAUGUUUCCAAGAAAGAAAUUAAGAUCUCAAAAACUAAUAAUAGAAAUUAAUGUAACUGGUCAAACAUAUCAACAAUAUUAUUAUUCUUAACCUUGUAUUGUUCCAUCAGAAUUAAGAGUAUAUUUUGUUUUAUUACUCCUAAAAGUAUCAUAAAAGCCUCAUUACUGUCAAACCAACAAAACCGUAAACUUGAAAUAUUUCAGGAAUGUCUAUUGUGUUACAACCAAUCAAAUAUCAGGAAAUGCAAUCUAGCCACAAACCAAUUAUUAACAUUCUUUCAUGCAGUUUAGUUUCUCACGCCUUCCUGUUUGGCUUUUUAUUGCAACACAAUAACAGUCCCGACAUAUUUCUGGUGUUCACGGUUUUAUAGGUUUGACAGUAAGCAUUAUACAUGUAUAAUGAUAACUGUUAUUAUAUUAUACUUUUAUUAUUAUAUUUAUGUUUCAGGAAAUCAACCACUCAGUCAGAGGGUGCAAGCAACAAACUUGAAAAACAUUUGGAGGAUUUUUAUACUGCAUGUGACCAGCUGCAACUUUAUUUGGUAAUUAAAACGUUUUCAUCUUACGUGUACGUCUGAAGUACAGGUUGCCAGAAAUUUCUGCUCAUUUCUACUUUGUGUUGGUGGUAUUUUAACCAAGAGUACCCCGUAUCAAGAGAUACGUUUUUGGGCCAGAGAAGUGUUUUUUGGUUUUUCCAUCACGGGGGGUAACACUGAAAAGAAACAACAUGACGGAUGAACCAUCAGACAAAACCAGAUGGGGUGUAAAAAUUUAAUACGAUACUAAUGAUACCUCAUAUUUUGUCUAAUGGUAGUCACUUUGAUUUUUGAUCAUGAUGUAUGGAACGCAUACACCCUGGUCUUCAUCACAUGACGGUUAUGACUGGCCAUGCAGGAUUAUUAUUAGCACUGUGGUCACAUUAAUAAUGGUUCACUUUUACCUCCAAGUCUAAGUUGAAGCAUUUUGAAUGCCGUGAUCAAUGUCACGUUACUAAUAGUGGGCUAAACAAUAAAGCAGAGCAGUAAUGUUAAAACCAGGAAGGAUAAUUUCAUUAAUCAUAACUAUAACAAAAUACUCUUAUCUGAUUGGCUGUCAGCAGCUCUGAUUUUCAGCGUUAACAGGACAGUGUAUCAAGACAGUAUACAUCUAAGAACAGUGUAAUGGACAGCUCAUGCCAUCGCACACACGCUCUUGAAAAAAAAUGGGUUCUUUUAUCACAUCACAUCUAGCAAAAAACUCUUAGGUUUUGUCUAUUAAUUUUUAAAAAAGUUUAAAUUAUCACAAAUUUUGUUAUAGUUAUGAUCAAUUGUUAAUAACACAUUGUGUCGCACAAUUCAGUUUGUAAUCAUGCUAAUCAUGAUUGUUAUUGGAGAGAAUAGUAAGCCUGAUUUUUUUUCUCUAGGAAAUAAUGAGAGAAACAGAAAACCAAACACAGCUCAGCAUGAAGUACACACCUAAACCUGUUUCCAACAGCAAAACAGAAAAUGUAACAAGCACACAGACAUACACUGAGUAUUUGUCUACUGUAAGGACACAGAUUGCUGCCGCUAAAGAACUGCAAGAUCUUUUGUCAGAUUUCUGCCUUGCUCAGUUGUCAUAGAAUGUUAUUGCAAAUGUCUGCCACAGUCUCUGAGGUGCAUCUUAUGAUUUGCAAAAAAUGUUGUCAUAUUUCUACAGGGGCCAGGCAUCACAGAAGAUGCAAUUGCCUGCCAGAUGCGUAAAUUUGUGAUAAGUCUCUAAUGAUUUGCAAAAAGUGCCGUCUGAUUUUACAUGGUUGGGUUGCCUACCACAGUUUGUGAAAUGCAUCUAAUGAUUUGUAAGAAAUGCUGUCAGAUUUCUGCAGGGGUGAUAGAAGUAGAAAUUAACUGUCAUACCUUGCAAGUGGCAAUCUUAUUAUUUGCGAAAUCUGUUGUCAGAUUUCUCCUUGCUUACUUAUUAGUUUGUGAGGUGCAUCUUGUGAUCAACAAGACAGCCUGUGAGAAUUCUGCGACCUAGAUCUUCAGUUUUUAUAGAAUUGCAAAACAUGCUGUCUGUGUUUUGCUGGUUUUGCUGCAUCAGGUCUGUCUCAUUUUACAUUUGAAACAUGAGGAAUACAAGAUAUAUUGACACAUUUCUGCUUGGCUCAGCUUUCCCACAUGAGCAGUAAAAGACUGUGAUUGACUGCUUGGGAAAUCAAAGGCAAGAAAGUUUUAAUUGAGCUCAGAUGUCUUGCACUGUAAAAUGGACCUUAAUAAGGACUUUGAUAAGCACCUUGAAAUCAUGAGCUUUCGUCUGUGUUAAAAUAAGAAUUACAAGAAACUUGACCAUGUAGAAAGAGGGCCAUUAUACUUGUACUGGUAUUCACAAAAUGACAAGUCUACCAGGUGGAGUAAGACCAGAGUCAGGGGCACCCAACGGCAAUUUUCGGGAAAAUAUCUGUUCGGAAGACGAUUUGAGAACUAGAAUUCUCGGAAAAUUUGUUGUAAAAUUUCUUGCUUGCCUACCUCUCCUAGGAUUUUCGAACAUCUACAAAAUGGUAUAAUUACCCAUUUUAAACGGAUAUUUACCCUGAAAAAGGCUACCUAGAAUUUUCGGGAGCCUUUUCCUGGCUGAAAUUUUGGAAAAGGUAAGUUUUGAUCCCUAUAAUUUUCGGAUCACUAGACUUUCAGCUAGGAAAUCCGAACAGAUGAAACGUUUUUAGGGGAUAAAAAUAUGCCUAUACCUACCGUUUAAAUACUAAAAUACGUUCAACAAUGCUAUGUUAAGUGGUUUUGAACUAUAUCCUCGUUGGGUGCCCCUGCAGAGUAAAAGGAAAUCGGCUUGUGACAGCUCUGAAAAUAAAGAGAGUAUAAGAUUGAUUUAUUCCAUUAUUUAAUACAUAUCAAUGCCUUCCAGUUAUACAUUUUUGGUUCUCAACAUUAAAGCGGCUGUGUCACAAGUAUAUUACAGUACUGUUUUAGGUCAAUUCUGUACUGGAGUCAUUACUCACUGCCUUUACUGAUAUGCAAAAUAUACCCAUAGAGUUAUGAAGAUAUAAAAAAAUUUCAUCAGGGAGCACUAACAUUUAAACUUGAAAAGAUUGCCUUUAAUUUUUCAAGUUUCAGACCUUGUCCAUCCUUGCCAUCCAUUGCAUGAAACAGCAGGGAAUAGUUUCAUUGCCUAAAUAAUUAUAGUCUACAGUAACAAAAUUGGACCAUUAUUGUUGGAAUUCCAUUGAUGCGAAAAACGUUUUAGCUUACAUAUAGCCCCUUCAAGGUAAGGCAAGUGAAAAAAGAUAAAUGUUUUACUGUUCACAACUGAAUAUAAUUAUAUGGAUUUUUUAAGCUAACAUCCAAAACAAAAUAUGAACCCCAUAACAAGCAUAUCACUGUAAUCAUUAUUUAAAGCAGGAAGAUGCUUAAUGUGGCUGAACACAGUUUUGAAAGCAGUCAGCAGUAACUCGCGUGACGGCGCGUGUUUUAAAUUAGAUAAACAAACAUAGCGACGAAAAAGCAAUGGUACACAGACGACGAUAUCACAAAAUCUACUCAUUAAAAUUUUGUGAUAUUUGGCAGAAUUCUUGCUUUUAUCGUAUUUUAAAUAAUGAGAACUUUAAAAUGGAAGUUGAACAGAUGAAUUUUGUGACACAUUUAAUAAUUAAAGUAAAAUUAUAUUAUUGAUUAUCUAAAAACCCAUCUGUUAAAAUUUGGUCAAAUAAGUUUCAAAUGGUAAUGAUUAAUUAUAGUAAGCUGUGUGCAAGUUUAUAGGAAAAUCUAAUGAGCAAAUUUUAUGUAAACUGAGCAAAGCGAAAUUUUAAGGUUGCAUUCAAUUGUUCUUGUUGCCAUGGAAACUACGAAAAUGUCAAAUUUUACCUGUCAUUCAAAAUCUUUCAUCAGUAUAUUUUUCACUUGCCAAGUUUCAGCUUGUGAGCUGCAACCUUUCCAUUGCCAUGAUUUGGCAAAUGACAUAUACUCACAAACUGCCAAAACUGUGUUCAGCCACCUUAAAUGCAUUUGGUUCUCAACACCUUUAACCAGAUAAAAAAAAUGUGAAGACAAAAGAUAGCGGUCUCAAAGAGCCGUUGUUUGACUUUUGACAGUGAAAUUUUCGUAAAAUUGAAGAUCAGCUCCCUAAAAAAUCUGUUAGCUGCCUGUCAGUGGACUGUCAACCAACAGUUCAGCUUUUUCAGGUUGUUAUGCAAACACAAUGGUUUGCAAAAAACUGAAAGAUUUUGAAUAAUUUGGUUUCUCAAUAAAUAAAAAAAAAUAGAACAAGCAUGUAUGUUAGAAGGUGUUGGU